AUGUUAUAUGUUAAUCUGUGUAUCUAUCUAUCUAUCUAUCUAUCUGUCCCCCUGUCUCCUGUUAUAAAUCGGAAAUUAUUCAUGACUCAUCCUAAUCUAUCUAUCUAUCUAUCUAUCUAUCUAUCUAUCUCCCUGUCUGUUAUAAGUUAUAAAUUAUUUAUGACUCAUCCUAAUCAAUCUAUCUAUCUAUCUUUCUAUCUAUCUAUCUAUCUAUCUAUCUAUGUAUCUGUCCCUCUGUCUGUCCGUUAUAUGGUCAUUACAAUUGGUUAUCGGAAAUUAUUGAUGACCCAUCCUAAUCUAUCUAUCUAUCUAUCUAUCUAUCUAUCUAUCUAUCUAUAUAUCUGUCCAUCUGUCUGUCUGUUAUAUCUCAUAUUCAUCCUAAUCUAUCUAUCUAUCUAUCUAUCUAUCUAUCUAUCUAUCUAUCUGUCUGUCUGUCUGUCUGUCUGUUAUAUGUUAUAUAAUCGAAAAUCAUUCAUGACUAAUCCUAAUCUAUUUCUCUAUCUAUCUAUCUAUCUAUCUAUUUAUCUAUCUAUCUAUCUGUCCCUCUGUCUGCCUGUUAUAUUUGUUAGGGUCAUUACAAUUUGUUCCAACAAUCGGAAAUUAUUGAUGACUCAUCCUAAUCUAUCUAUCUAUGUAUCUAUCUAUCUAUAUAUCUAUCUAUUUGCCCCUCUGUCUGUCUGUUAUAUGUUAUAUAAAUUAUUGAUGACUCAUCCUAAUCUAUCUAUCUAUCUAUCUAUCUAUCUAUCUAAAUAUCUAUCUAUAUAUCUGUCCCUCUGUCUGUCUAAUCGGAAAUUUUUUAUGACUUAUCCUAAUCUAUCUAUCUAUCUAUCUAUCUAUCUAUCUAUCUAUCUAUCUGUGUGUCUCUCCCUCUGUCUGUCUGUUAUAUGUUAG